AGGAGAGAUAAGGUAAGGUCUGUAACUCUCUCUCUCUCCCUCUCUCUCCCUCUCUCUCUCUCUCUCUCCCUCUCUCUUUAUAUACACUGCACUACAUAUCUAUCAUCUUCACACUUACAAGUCUUACAAAAAAAAAAAAAAAAAAAAAAAAAUCUUCAUACUUAUAAGCAUAUCAGUAAUGGAAAGAAUUCCAAUUCUGGCUCUCGGCUCUACCGGCAAAACCAUCCCAGCUCUAGGGUUUGGAACAGCUGCAUAUCCUUUUGCAGGCUCAGAAACUGCUAAAGGAUCUAUACUUGAAGCCUUUAAACUUGGCUACAGGCACUUUGACAGUGCUGCUCUAUACAACACAGAGCAGACUCUUGGCCAAGCAAUAUCAGAAGCUAUUUCUCUAGGGAUUAUCAAAUCUCGGGACGAGCUUUUCAUUACUUCGAAACUCUGGAUCAGUGAUGCCCACAAAGAUCUUGUUGUUCCCGCUGUUAAAAAUUCGUUACGGAAUCUAAUGCUGGACUAUCUAGAUCUAAAUCUGAUUCAUUUCCCCAUAAGUUUGAAGCCGGGACAAAUUUUCCCUUUCAGUAAGGAAAAUCUUCUUCCUAUGGAUAUUAAGUCUGUAUGGGAAGCUAUGGAGGAGUGCCAAAAGCUAGGACUCACAAAAUCCAUAGGAGUCAGCAACUUCUCUUGCAAAAAGCUUGAGAUCUUGCUUUCUACUGCAAAAAUUCCUCCAGCAGUAAACCAGGUGGAGAUAAACCCACUUUGGCAGCAGAAAAAUCUAAGAGACUUUUGUAAGGAAAAGGGCAUAUCAAUCACAGCUUAUUCUCCAUUAGGAGGAAAAGGAACAAUAUGGGGAACAAACAGAGUCCUUGAUUGUGAGGUGCUCAAAGAAAUUGCUGAAAACAAAGGAAAAACUAUUGCUCAGGUUUGUCUGAGAUGGGUAUACGAACAAGGUGUGAGUGUUCUUGUGAAGAGCUUCAAUAAGAAGAGAAUUGAAGAAAAUCUUGGAAUAUUUGAGUGGAAACUGAGCCCAGAUGAGUUGAAGAAGAUAGACCAAAUUCCACAACAAAGAGGAUAUGAUGCAUAUCAUUUCAUCUCUGAUCAAGGACCUUACAAAUCUGUUCAAGAAUUCUGGGAUGGAGAAAUUUGAAUUAGCUACUCACUUUUUCUUGGAAUAUCAAUUAGUGUAUGAAAUAAUAAUUCCAUGUCUUUUUUUAAACCCAAAAAAAAAAAAUAUAUAUAUAUAUAUAUAUAUGUAACAGUAUUUUACAAUAAUUCC